AUGGAAAUUCAAAACAGGAGCGUUCCGAUUCUUCGGGAGUGGUUCGACCACGUCGAUUCCGAGAAUAAGGGCAACAUCACCGCUUCUCAGCUCCAGGGUGCUUUUGCUGUCGGAAACCUUCGAUUUCCUCUCUCCGUUGUCCAGCAAAUGAUCAGGAUGUACGAUUUUGACAGGAAUGGAACUAUGAAUUUCCAAGAAUUUGUUGAACUCAACAAAUUUCUUUUGAAGGUUCAACAAGCCUUUGCUGAUUUGGAGAGGGGCCUUGGAUAUCUUGUUUCAGACGAUGUAUACAAGGGAUUGGUCAAAAUUGGAAUGUCCCUAGACUCUCCCGCAUUUUAUACUGUCUGUGAGAGUUUUGAUCAAAAGAAAAGUGGAAGAUUCAGACUAGAUGAUUUCAUAUCACUUUGUAUAUUUGUACAGUCUGCAAGCUGCCAAUUGCAGGAUAUGACAUGGACAGUCAGAAUAUUCAUUGAGGCAUGGCUACUUGAAGAAGGUGCACAUCUUGCAAGGAUUUUUCAGACUCAUGACUGCGACUUGGUUCCCAUCUACAUAGAUACAUUCCCUCCUCCCUUUUCUAUUAUCAAAAAUCUGUCAGAAUCUAUUGAUUCAUUGUUCUUUAGAUAG